AUGUGUCAACAAGGUGGAGCAGUUUGUCUUCAAAAAAGCGGUCACAUUGCAUUGCGAAUUUUGGCGAAACCUGGGGCAAGGACGAACUCAGUAACAAAUGUUGGAGACGAUGAGAUAUCCGUAGCCAUCGCUGCGCCAUCGCGUGAAGGCGAAGCAAACCAGGAGCUCAUCGACUACAUAAGGAAAGUGCUGGGGCUGAAGAAGAAUGAACUGAUUCUUGAGAAGGGUGGGAAAUCUCGUUUGAAAACGUUGGUGAUUGAGUCGUCUCGCAUCUCACCCGAGGAAGUCAUUACAAGGCUCAAAAACGCGGCAAAGGUGUGA